UUAUUAAUACCGUCGAUGUCUUUAUUUGAUUGGCAUAGCAAAGUAACGAUUCCAAGUUUCAAUACCACGUCUUGUGUUGCAUUGUUAAGUUUAUAUUAUUUAUGUUACUUUUAUUGUUUACAAGUAAUAAAUAAGAUGGCAAUUAAUCCAACUAAAUCGAUUCCUGCAUUUUUUGCUGGACAAAGUAUAUUUUUGACGGGUGCAACAGGAUUUUUGGGUAAAAGCUUUAUUGAAAAGGUAUUACGGUCUUGCCCAGACGUUCGUGAAAUAUUUGUCUUGAUACGUCCAAAGAAAGGGCUAAGUGUUAACCAAAGACUCGAAACAAUAUUAAAAUUACCGCUAUUUGACAAAUUACGCGAAACGCGAGCGUCAAGUUUUGAAAAAAUAAUUCCGAUUUCUGGCAAUACUACUGAGAAAGUAUUAGGUUUGUCGGCUGCGGAUAAGCAAAUGCUAAUUGAAAGAGUAACUAUAAUAAUUCAUUCAGCGGGGAGUGUAAAAUUUAAUGACAGUUUAAAAUAUGCCAUAUUUACCAAUACUAGAGCAACGAGAGACAUCUGUAUCUUAGCUCAAAGCAUGAAAAAUAUAAAAGUCCUACUGUAUGUUAGUACAGCAUUGACAAAUAUACAGGAACCGUUCAUAGAAGAAAAAGUAUAUCCACCAAUAUUUGAUUGGAAAAAAAUGAUCGAAGUAGCCGAGUUAUUGGAUGAUGAGCAUGUUUUAAAUGUGUUUACUGCUAAGUUUUUAGAGUCUGCUGCCAAUACAUAUGUUUUUUCAAAAAACCUAGCGGAGAGUAUAAUACAAGAAUAUUCUUCCUCCUUGCCUUGUGCGAUUGUAAGACCUUCUUUAGUAUAUCCAUCGUUGACAGAACCAAUGCCAGGAUGGAUAGACAACAUUUAUGGUUCAAUCGGUCUUUAUAUUGGUGGUGCAAAAGGAAUAAUACAUAUAGCUUACGCGGAUAAACAUGUUUGUGGAAAAAUAGUACCAAUUGACAUUGUCAUUAAAGUUAUACUAGUCGUAUGUUGGAAGAUUGGAUUAACCACGUUUACGGCAGAUUCCACUUUAUUUGUUUUAAAUUGUGUUUAUCAGCACAGUUUAACACUUGAAGGUGAAACAAUUAUAAUGCAGAAUAUUCUCAAAGAGGAAGUGCCUUUCGAAGGAAAGGUUUGGAGAACUUAUAAAAGGAUAACAGAUAAUUAUAUUUUGUAUUAUAUAGGAUCGAUGUUAUUACAUAUUUUUCCAGCUGUGCUAAUAGAUUUGGCUUUAAAAUGCUUGGGACGUCAACCUAUGUUACUACAACUUCAAAGAAAACUAUAUGUGGCCAACCUUGCGUUGUUCCACUUUGGCUCUAAUGACUGGAAAUUUGACAAUACAAAUAAGUCACUUCUAAUAUCAACAAUACCGCUUGAAGAUCAGGAUACGUUUUCUUUUGAUUAUGCCAAUUGCGAUAUUAAAGAGUAUUACAAGAACUGUGUAAUUGGUAUCAAAAAGUAUCUUCUUCAUGAGAAAAUGGACAUAAGUCGAUUACAUCCCCUCAUACUGCGUAAUAAAAGAGUGGAUCUGUUUGCCUCAACGAUAGAAACUAUCAUCGUUUUUAGUAUGCUGUGGAUAAUAUAUAAGUUAAUCUUUUAAACGUUACAUAAAAAUGUUUACUAUAAUAUUGUACGUAUAAGCUACUACAAUGUAUGAUAAUUAAACACGUAUAUUGUACAACUUUAAAAGAGAAAUUAUUUUUUAGUAAAAAAUAUUUUUUUUCUUAACAAGUUAUAUUUUAACCACAAUUUUAUUGUUUAUUGUUAAACAUUAUUGUAUAUACCAGUGGCGUAGCCGGGGGGUGGGGGAUCUGUGGGGCUGCAGCCCUCCCCCCCAAAUUCUUAAUAGUUUUAAUAAUUUUGUAGCUUAAUUUUAAUAUUUUUAAAAAUAUAAAUUUUUAAACGUUUAAAUUAUUGCCAAAAGUUUAGCACACCUGUUUUUUAUAAGAAAAGAUUUGAGCGUUUCUAGUGACAAAAUAAAUCUACAAAAAUAGAAGCAUGAUGAACGGUUAACAUGCAAGGCGAAGGCUUCGUCGUUGGCUCUCUGGGUUGCGCAAAGUGUGGGUAAUGUUUUAUCGUAUAGAGAGAGAAAUGCGCUUAAUUAAUAUUAAUUAUAGUGAUAAUUGUAACCAAUUAAAACUACACCUUCCCCCAAAACUUUUUCUAGCUACGUCACGGUAUAUACAACAAUUCACAUAAUGUACAACGUUACGUUUUGAUUACAUGGAUAAAAAAAUCAAUUAAAAUACAAUAAAUAUAAAAGCGAAAUUAUAUAUUUCCCGUAAAUCCCAUAUAGCACCAAAACAUUGCAAAAACAUUAAUCUUAUGUUAAAACAUUAGUAGUAUUGUGUUACAUCCAGAGGAUUCCACGAUUUCCCUUUUCGCAUCUCUCGCGUAAAAUACAAAAUAUGAAACAAAGCGAGCAGAUUGUCCCUAAAGUUAUAACACUCAACUAUUACAUCCGGAGGAUUCCAGGAUUUCUCUCUUUACAAUAACGCCAUCCUUUGGUUAUUAUAUUGUAAACAAAAUUGAACGUCCUUGAAGGAUAUAAAUGCUCGAAUGCUCGAAUAUUACAUCCGGAGCAAUAAGUCAGUUAAAUAUCGUAAUCCAUUACGAAAUUACGAAUAAUAUUUGCUCAUCCUAACGCAAUAAUCCAUAAGAACGAACAAAGCCUGAACUUGAAAAAACCUAAAUAAUAUUUAAGUCUGGAGACAGCGAACGAUAACAUUAAGUUGCGACGCCAAACUAUGAAACUAUAAAAUUAAAAUUUAUAACCCUGGCUUUGUUCGUGCAAACGCAUGUUUCAUCUCGAACCGAAAGAUGAUUCAUAUGGAAAGCGAGUCCUAAAUAAACGGACGUGGCGAUAUAAGAAAUCGGGAUUGAAUCUUCCAGAAAGGGAAAUUGUAGAUAACGAAUUCCUUAGGCGAUUGGGUGACGCAAUUGUUUGCCCCUCUUAAAAUUAAGAAAACUCAGCAGAAUAUGGAAAACUAGCCAACAAGAGACUAUCUAAAAUGAUGAUUUGUAGUGAGCAAUGGUGAACAAAUAAAUCCGAAACUUCAACAACAAA